AUGAAUACAAGUACCUACUACGGACCGCCACCCCCACAAAUCCCAUAUGGGACAAGGCCGGAUCUCCGAAGACCAUCACAACCCUCACUGGAAGCAAGCAUAUCCAACCUUACGCGCAUCAAUGCCGUUUAUUAUCCCAAUUAUCGCGUUUACCGCGACGAGACGCCGGCCACUUUGAAUUACAAUUGUAUCAGCCACGUUUUUUAUGCUUUUGCUCACGUUUCGGCUGAUGGGAUUGUUUCCUUAAGCGAUGAAUGGGCCGAUUUAAACAUGCCAGUCGAUGGAGCAACAGGAUGUUUAGGAUCUUUCAUGCGAUUGAAAAAUGAACAUCCAUAUCUCAAAUUGAUAUUGUCCAUUGGCGGUGGAGCAGCAAGCCACAAUUUUGCUACUGUUGCAUCCAGUGCAUCAACUAGAGAUAAUUUUGGACGGUCUGCGACAGCCUUAGUUCAGGCUUCAGGAUUCGACGGUAUUGAUAUCGACUGGGAGCAUCCAUCGGACGAUCAUCAAGGUCAAAAUUUCCUCUCACUUCUUGCCGCAGUCCGACUUCAUCUUCAGGAUGAUCGAUAUAUUCUUAGCGCAGCAUUACCAGCCGGCCAGUGGGCAUUGCAGUAUAUCGACCUAUAUAGAGCCCAAGACUACCUUGAUCUGAUCAACUUAAUGGCCUAUGACUUCGCAGGAUCCUGGUCUCCACAAGCAGGACAUCACGCUCAAUUGUAUCCUGGACGAUCCGACGAGCCUUCCGGUUCUGCUGCGGUAGAAUAUGUUAUAUCUAGAGGCUUUCCACCGCAGAAAAUCGUCCUUGGCGUUCCAGUCUAUGGAAGAUCUUUUCUAGGCGCACAUGGACCCCGUUAUCCGUUUAAUGGAGCUGGGGGUGAAGAGGGAACCUUCGAGUACAAACAUCUCCCUAGGGACGGAACGGAAGAAAUUGUCAACACCAGGGUAUGCGCAGCAUUCUGCACAGGCGGAGAUGGUGGUUUCGUUACCUAUGAUAAUCCAGAAACUGUUAAAAUGAAGGGAAACUACUGCAGAGAAAAGGGUCUCGGAGGAUUAUUCUACUGGACAGGCACGGCCGACGUUUCAGCUGGUCCUCGAUCGCUGAUCUCUGCUGGUUUCAAAGCCCUACACGGCUCCUAA